AGAGAGAGAGAGUGGAGGAGCAAAGAAAAGCGGGACAAAUGCUCACAGUCACAGACUAGACUCACUCUGCCCACAAAAAGUGGAACUUGCUUCCUGCGCGCGUGCGUCUUUAGCAUCUCUCCUCUCCUCUCUUCUCUCUCUCUCUGCAAUUUAAUCCCUAUUCGUGUUCUACUGUACAGAUUAUGAUGGUUAAUAGUCGCUGUCACUGUAACUGCACCAAAAUCAUAUGUAUCCGUUGAUUUCUUGUUGUAAUCUGGGCUAAGAAACCCGACGGCUGCAGUUGCUCGAGUUUGGGGACAGUUUUCGUGGAUUUUGGAGGUGCUGGGUAUGGUGACGAUGAGAUAGCUCCAAAUUCGCAGGCUUAGUUGGAUGGUGGUGUAAUAACCGCGACAUCUAGUUCUUCUGCCACUGCACUUCCUAGAUAAGCAAAGCUGAUGGGGUCCAGAUUCCCGUCUCAUCAGCUUAGUAGCGGUCUCUAUGUUUCCGGCCGUCCUGAGCAGCCUAAAGAAAGAACACAAACAAUGAGCUCAGUAGCAAUGCCCUACACUGGUGGGGAUAUCAAGAAGUCUGGUGAGCUUGGGAAGAUGUUCGAUAUUCCUGUUGAUGGGUCGAAGUCUAGAAAAUCUGGUCCUAUAUCCAAUGCACCACCGCGGUCCGGGUCUUAUGCUAGGCCAUCUUCACACUCUGGACCGAUCAACCCAAGUGCAGCAGCUAGGUCGAUUCAUUCCACCUCUGGUCCAGCGUCAUCAUCCUCAGGAGUAACUGGUUCAACUUCAAUGAAGAAAUCAAAUUCUGGGCCGCUGAGUAAGCAUGGGGAGCCUAUCAAAAGAUUCUCCGGCCCUCAAUCCGGUGGAAUUACACCAAGUGCUCGGCCAAAUUCAGGCCCUCAAACACCAGUUCUCCCGGCGACAGGUCUCAUUACUUCUGGACCCAUUUCUUCCGGUUCACUAACUUCUACUGGCGCCCCAAGAAAAGUUUCUGGACCUUUGGACUCAACUGGAUCGGUUAAAGUGAACAGUGCAGUCAGCGGGAACCAGGCUGUUACAACUCUCGGUCAUAAUAUUGAGUUUUCCUUCAAGAGGAACCUUCCAACGGCUAUCAUGUGGGCAGUUCUUUUGCUUUUUGUAAUGGGUUUCAUUGCAGGGGGAUUUAUCCUUGGGGCAGUUCAUAAUUACGUUUUACUCGUGGCUGUCACCGUCUUAUUCUGCAUUGUUGCUGCUGUGUUCACUUGGAAUUCUUGCUGGGGUAGAAAGGCUGUCGUUGGAUACAUUGCUGAGUACCCAGAUUCUGAAUUAAGAACAGCCAAAAAUGGACAGUACAUUAAGGUUUCCGGGGUGGUCACCUGCGGAAAUAUGCCCCUCGAAUCAUCCUUCCAGAAGGUUCCUAGAUGCAUCUACACAUCCACCAGUUUAUAUGAAUACAGAGGAUUGAGUUCCACGGCUGCAAAUCCUACACCUCCACUUUUCCGAUGGGGGCUUAGGUAUGCAGAGAGGCAUGCAGUCGACUUCUACAUCUCUGAUUUCCAGUCGGGACUCAGAGCUCUGGUCAAAACUGGGUAUGGUGCACGGGUGACUCCUUAUGUAGACGAAACUGUCAUCAUUGACGUAGAUCCUAAAAACAACGAUUCAUCUCCUGAACUCACCCGGUGGUUAAGAGAGAGGAAUCUAUCAAGCGAUGAUCGGGUCAUGCGGUUAAAGGAAGGGUAUGUUAAGGAAGGGAGCACGGUGAGCGUGAUGGGCGUGGUGCAGCGAAACGAAAAUGUGCUGAUGAUCGUCGGUCCCCCCGAGCCUCUGUCGACGGGAUGCCAAUGGAGUAAGUGUUUGUUUCCCGGCAGCCUUGAGGGCAUUGUCUUGAGGUGUGAAGAUACUUCAAAAAUGGAUGUUAUAGCAGUCUAAUGUUUAUAUACAUAAAUACAUACAAAUAUAUAUAAUGUGUGUCUGGUAUUUCAUCGGCGUAAUAGUCUAUAGAAGUGUUGGCUGUAGGUGAAAAAAUUCACUAAGUUAGUCUUGUGUUAUUAUUAUUUUUUUCUCUGUACAGUUUGCUUGUUAUUAUGUCUAAUUGUGCUUUUGUUUGGUUGCGGUA